ACUCGUGCUGCCAGAAAUUCAUGUUCAGGGGCACCUUAGGGACGCCAUUCGCGUCUGUCGGGUUUAUUGUUCAAGCGUGAAUAAGCAAAUCUAGCACAGCAGCAUCUGGGCAUGAUAUAUUCAUUUGGCGGAUAGAUGCCACGGGUGUUGUGUACAUUUCUUCGAACGCCAUAACUUGACCAGUGGUUUUCUUGGUUUUAUAAGAGCACAUUUUUACAGUGUGUCACAAAAAGCUUGGUAGCCAUUUUGAAUUGCAUUAUGUCAUGGUCGGAGUGAGGAUGCAUGGGCAAUGCAGUGCAGAAGAAAGGCUCCACUUUUUUCAGUUUUUUCUGAAGGAGAACAUGGAGUACCCUGUUUGAAAUUAUGAAGUUUUCUAUCUGAAUGGCGUACCAUGCUUAUCUUUAUAUUACAUUUUAUAUGCCAACAUUUUGAAUGCCUUUUCAAUGCAUUCACAAUGUUUUGAUUAUAUAUGACUCCAUUUGUUUGAUGAAAAAUACAGUAAAAACAGUAGGAAUAUUUUGAGUUAUUAUUGCAAUUUAAAAUAACUGUUUUAAAGUAUUAGAAUAACUUUUAAAAUAUUUAUUAGUAUUUAUACUAAGUAGUGUGACGACAAAGUUGAAUUUUCUGCAGGUUGUACUCCAGUCAAUCUAGUGUUUUCUCUGCUGUCCGGAGUGCUACUUUUUUUUUUUUUUUUUUUUUUUUUUUUACAUUUUUAACAUUUCUAUUUUAGUCUGUCAAAGUUAGUUACAAAAAAAACACAUGUAUUUUUCAUUAGCUUUUCUCACCUCAGUCAGUGUCCUUUUCACAUUUGAGCCUCGUGUGGAAGAGAGGAUGACAGCAGUCUAUUUUUGGAUUGAGUCUCUCAUUGGGAUAUGCUGGGCAUCAUAGCUCCGAAAUCAGUUUCAGGUGACUCUUUCUGGUGCUGGAUCUCAAAUGACAUUUUUCUCAAAGCCAUCAAACACAUUUUUAAAAGUUUCAUCUUUUAUACUGCAGCCUCAUUAAAUGUGCUUUUCUAGUGUUUCCAAGAUAUUUAAGUAGCCUACAUUUUACUUCCAUGUAUAUUGUGUAGAAUACUAAGAAUAUAGUGCCUGACAUCUGUCUCGAAGAUGUUCAUGAAUCUGAGGACCAAAAGACUGAUAUAUAACUUUGAUAUAUAACUAUAACUUUGUUUAUCCAAUCUGAAAGCAAGAGAGCAGCAACCUUCAAAUCGCCACAACGUUGCCAUUGAUGUUGGCCAUAGUUUAUGCACCUCAAAAGUUGUUUCAUGUUGUAAUAUAUAUUUCCCUCAUGGCCAACUGGAAUUGAUGGAUAAUCAUUGCCAUUAUGUAGCAAAACAGCUUUAAAACUGUUUAUACUGUUGUAUCUGUCAUAUAUAGUUACCUACCCGUUAGCAUAUCUUGAAAACUAGAGCCAUCAACAAUUCUAAGCAUAAUUUUUGUUCAAAGUGACCCAGAAUUAGUCAAGUUUUACUACAUUUAUUUCAGAAGCAUUGACUGUAGUAUGUUUACCAGUGAUAUUAAAGCAACAAUUUGCAUGUUUUAAUCUUUUUUUUAUAUUAUUUUAUGCGCCCGAUUAGAGAAACACCAGUCUCCAGAAUGAUCCUAUUCCCUUCAGACAUAUAGACCAUGUUCCCAACUGCACAUCAGAUGCUCUCUGUCACCACUAGAUGGAUGUAAUGGCAUUCUAAUUGUUUAAGGCUGGUCAGUGACUCACUAUGGCAACCUCAGUACACAAUAGAGACAGAGAUCCAUGUUCAGUGGAUUAUUCAAACAAAACUUGCUACAAGUUUGCAAGUGUGUUCUUGGAGUCAAGAAAGGACAUUUGAUGCGAUAAACAAUGUCAUCUCAGGUAUCUCCCAGCCAAAGUGUCCUUUCCUUGUUCAUGGGUAAAAGCAGGAAUAUCACCUUUAUUCUGGACUCAUCUGUGGGAAUGAAUGGCUUUUUGGGAUCAGUGAAGAAUCUUAUCAUCCAAACCUUAAUUACUAAAGCUUCACUCAGAGACUCGCUCUUCAACAUUAUCAGCUUUUCAUACAAGGCAACACCGUGGUCUUCUCACAUGAUGCCCUGCACUCCUGAUGUAGUCUAUGAAGCCUUGAGCUGGAUCCAUACUUUACAGACGAGUCCUGGCAGAGACCUCCACACAGCACUGGCCUUAGCCUUCUCUGACCCUGCCUGUCAGUCUGUCCAUUUGGUGACCAGUGGUGUCCCAGACAACCCCACACAAUGCUUGGGUUCAUUAUCAACCUUGGUGACAAGGCCUGUCCAUACAUUUUACAUAUCUGACAAGACUCCCAUGAACACCGACAUAUCCGACUUCUUGCAGUGCAUCACCUCCACCACUAGAGGAAGCUGUUAUGUGAUGUCUCUCAACUCUGCUGGCAAUGUGGACCAGAUCAGUUUGUUGCAUUCAGUCGAUGACCUGAUUCAAAAUCCAGAGGAGCCAAGGCAUUCAGUGGACUUCUAUCAGGUCCCAUAUCACAACUGCACAAGCUGUGUCUGUUCUACACCCUACUGGUGUUCCCCUAUGAAUCCUUUUAGCCCAGUAUCAUGUGUGUCUGGAAGGGUAAUGCGAGGUGCUGCGCUGUUUUGCGGCUGCCGUGUGUUAGCCAGGAAAGAGAUAGACGGGUUUUAUUACCUGGGGACAAUCAUAAAUCAGGGCAGAGGAAAUACUUAUAUGGUAGAGUUUGAUAAGUUUGGACCUAAAGGAAAUACAUUUAAGGAAACAUUAAAUACAGUUCAACCAACCUGCCAGCCUGAUAUAGUUAAUCUUGCCAAUGCACAUGGGCACAGUAUAGUACCAGGGGACACCGUUUUAGCACCAUGGGAGCAAGAUCUGAGAAGAUAUGGGCCUGGAAGAGUCGUCUCUGGUAUGGAGCCAAGAAAUCCACUUAAAAGUGAUGAAGGUCUUUUGGGACUUCAGGUUCUCUUUUGGAACGGGAUGACAAUGCAUGUCCCCAAGGAGCUUGCAGUAUGGAUUCCAGCCUCUCACCAUGAGCAAAUUAUCAAAGACCUCCAGCAUUAUUCAUCUAGGCCAUGUUGCUACAGGGCUUCCCACUGCAGCACCAUGAAUUGUUUUGAAUUGCCAUGUCACCAGUGCAACCACAACAGCCUGUUCCCCAUUCCACUGCUCCACUGUCCAGUCAAGAGAUGCUGGCCAAUGUUCAUGUCACCUCCACUACUGAACAACCAGAGGAGAGAUGAGCUGGAAAGGAAAGUUGAUCUCCAACUGAAAGAACUAUGGAGCUCUCAACAGACAAAAGUGCCUUCAUCUUCCUCAUCAUCAACCUCUGACUCAGAUGAGAAUGAGGUGGAUACUACAGCUGAAAAACACAGGCCUCUGGGGUCAGGACUGGUGAGCCGCUCAAUAAACACAGAUAUUUCCUGUCUGAGAAAGCCAUACAGUCAAACUGAUUCCAGACCAGCCUGGAGAUACUGGAAAAGCGGUUCUGCAGAACCACAGCACAAGCAACCAGGAAGAGCAGUCAGGUGUUCAAGUGUAACCCAUUCUUGGCCAAGAGACACUGGGAGCUCUGCAGAUAACUCUAUGACCACCAAUCACAGCUCUGUAUUUAAACUGGUUCGUGAAUCACCAAAACGAGGAGUCAAUAUGAGGGACAUAUUUGCAUCAACGGAACCGAACUCAUCACCAUCACCAAUAUCUGUAGCAAUCAGCACAAGGCCAAAUAAACUGAUAUUAGUUCCACAGCCAAAGUUCAAAGUAUUAUGAGAAUUGCCAGUCAGC